UAUCUGUCAAAUCGCCGCAAAGUCGAACUAUGAUUGUUUAAGGUUUUUCUUGUUAUUAUUACUAUAAUUUAAGAUUUUAUUAUUUGACCAUGAAUUUGUCUGAGGAAAAUAAUUUUUCAAAUGGCCUGUUAUAUGUGGGAUUUAAUCAGGACCAAGGUUGCUUCGCUUGUGGAACCGAAAAUGGAUUUAGAGUGUUUAAUAGUGAUCCACUUAAAGAGAAAGAACGUCAAAACUUUGCAGAAGGAGGCCUAUCUUACGUGGAAAUGUUAUUUAGGUGCAAUUACAUGGCAUUAGUUGGCGGAGGCAAAACUCCUGUUUACCCUCCAAAUAAAGUAAUCAUAUGGGAUGACUUAAAAAAAGAUUCUGCAAUAUCUUUAGAUUUUAACAGCCCAGUUAAAGCUGUUAAACUUAGACGAGAUCGAAUAGUCGUUGUUUUAGAAAAUUUGAUUAAGGUCUAUACAUUUACGGCACAGCCCCAGUUGCUACACGUAUUUGAGACUUGCCAGAACACUAGAGGCCUUUGUGUUGUAUGUCCCAACAGCAAUAAUGCUCUUGUAGCCUAUCCCAGUCGUAAAACUGGACAUGUACAGUUGGUGGAAUUAAGUAGUCAAGCAUCAACUAGCACAGGUACACCUGAAGGUCACCUUAUUGCAGCACAUGAGGCGCCUCUUAGUUGCUUAGCCCUUAAUGUAGGCGGCACAAGAUUGGCGACAGCGUCCAUUAAGGGUACACUUAUUAGAGUGUUUGAUACUAAUACAGGACAAAAAUUAGCAGAAUUGAGAAGGGGAGCAAAUCAGGCUACUAUAUAUUGUAUAAACUUCAACCACUCAAGCACUAACCUAUGUGUCACAUCCGACCACGGCACAGUUCACGUAUUCAGCCUAGAAGAUGAUAAAUUAAACAAACAAUCAAGUUUGGCGACUGUUAACUUCUUACCGAAAUAUUUCUCGAGUACUUGGAGCUUCUGUAAAUUUACUAUACCCAAUGGUCCACCAUGCAUUUGUGCAUUUGGUGUGGAUAAAUGUUCUAUAAUUGUGAUAUGUGCCGAUGGAUCAUACUACAAAUAUAAGUUUAAUGAAAAAGGUGAGUGUACGAGAGACGUGUACGCUCAAUUCUUGGAAACAUCUGAAGACAGAUAAAAGUGAUAUGCUAUAUAUAUUUCAAAAUGUGAUUCAGGAAAUUAGUAUCAAGUACGGGAGUAUCCUAAUACCUUAUAAACGUUGUAGUAAUUGGUACUGUGUUGUAAGAUUUAUGAACCUUACUUAAUAAGACUAGGAGAUUUUUUUUUGUUCUUUCUUUAUUACUUACUACAAA